AUGACGCCCGCAUUCAUCCUCUCUGUGGUCGCGGGCGGCCUCAGCGUUAUCGCGCUCGCCUACGGCCUAAAGGGUUUGGUCUGGGUCUUCCGCUGGCUCGCUACCUUCAACCCAACUCGCUAUCAUCCAGCCGAAAAGCCUGAGGAUGAACACAUCCAGAUCCUCGUGGUGGGCGAUGUCGGCCGCAGCCCUCGCAUGCAGUACCAUGCGAUGAGUGUUGCCAAGCAUGGGAGAAACGUCGAUAUUGUUGGCUACAAGGAGACGGCCAGACAUCCGGAUCUCAUUGGAAACCCUCGAGCCACCAUGUAUGCGCUCCCACCGCAGCCCGAGGUGCUCCAGUGGGGGACUCUACCCUUCUUCCUUAACAUUCCCUGCAAAGUUAUUUGGCAGUUCUGGGGUCUGUUCUCCACGUUGAUGUAUUCUGCACCGCCAGCCCAAUGGAUCAUCAUACAGAACCCCCCCUCCAUCCCUACCUUCCACGUUGUGCUCCUCGUCUCCCUCAUCCGGGGCAGCAAGCUCGUCGUAGACUGGCACAACUAUGGAUAUACCAUCCUAGCCACCCAGAGCAAGUGGUAUAAGCCUCUUGUUCCUAUCUACAGGUGGUAUGAGACCUUCUUUGGGAGGUUCCUCGGCAAUGCCAACCUUUCAGUCACCGACGCCAUGGCCCGCCAGCUCAAGCAGAAGCCAUUCAAUGUCAAGAACCCCGUCUACACGCUGCACGAUCGACCAGCCGAGGUAUUCCAGCCUGUCACAGCGGAGGACCGAAAAGCAUUUCUGUCUCGGCUUCCAGAGACAAAGGCCGACGCCAAGAACAUCAUGGAUGGAACGGUGCGCCUGAUUGUCAGCAGCACUUCGUGGACAAAAGACGAGGACUUUGGCCUACUGCUGGAUGCCCUAGUAUCAUAUGCCAAUUCCUCUUCAGACGCGGCCACUGUCGACAACACACCGACUCCAAUUCUUGCCAUUAUUACCGGAAAGGGUCCCCAAAAGGAGCACUAUCUGGAGCAAAUCAAGAAGCUUCAAGUCGAGGGCAAACUCCCGGGUAUUCGAGUCAUCACUGCCUGGCUCUCCACCCGAGAUUACGCCUCGUUGCUUGCCUGUGCCGAUCUUGGCGUCUCUCUGCACAAGUCUAGCUCAGGAGUUGACCUUCCCAUGAAGGUUGUGGACAUGUUUGGCGCUGGCCUUCCCGUCGCAGCAUACUCGGCUUUCGAAAGUUUCGGAGAGCUGAUCAAAGACGGUCAAAACGGUUGUGGGUUCGAAACCUCAUCCGAAUUGACAGCCAUACUCAAGAGGCUACUGGGCGUGACGGGACAGGAUGAGUUGGCCCGGUUGAAGCACGGCGCCGUCCAAGAGGGAUCACUACGAUGGGACGAGGAGUGGGAUCGAGUAGUGGGAAAAGUCAUUGGAGUUGUGGAUCAGUAA